ACAGGUGAACCAACAAGUGACGGUAGAAACCCCCAAAAUUUUCUCCUUAAAAAAGCAGCUUUAGCUUUUUUAGCUUUAGACAGGCCCUCAAUGGCGGUGCCGCUGUUCUACUUCUAAUACCUUAACUAGCAACUUGCUACCGUGCUAAACGACGAGAAUAUUACCCAGAUACUUCUCCUCCCACCCCUUUCCGUUUUCUCGCCCUCCAAACACCAGAACGCAGCAUCCUCUCCGCCCCCAAAAAUUACUUUUAGCCUACACGAAAAGAGAGAAUAAAAGCUUUAGAUAGAGAUCUUUUUUUUUUUGUUUGGGUUUUUGUGAGUUGUUCUCAUUUGAUCAAUUAUUGUCGCUUGAAAUGCUGAGGCUCUUUAAGGUUUACCAGCUCUUCUUCACUGUUCUUCUAAUUGUCUCUGUUUUUCUCUCCUUCUUCACCGAGUAGCGUGCUCCGGGUUCGGCGUCGAAGUCUCGGUUCCACUUAGUGAACCCUUGGUGCUUGAUUGGGCUCUUGCCUUUGUCACCGAAUAGUUAAGCAAAAGAUGGCUGCUGAGCUUGUCAGUUCUGCAACAAGUGAGAAACUGGCUGAAAUGGAUUGGGCAAAAAACAUUCAAAUCUGUGAAUUAAUUGCUCAUGAUCACAGGCAAGCUAGAGAUGUCAUUAAAGCUAUUAAAAAACGGCUGGGAAGUAAACACCCAAAUACUCAGCUCUAUGCUGUGAUGCUAUUGGAGAUGUUGAUGAACAAUAUUGUUGGAGAACAUAUUCACAAGCAGGUGCUUGAUACAGGGAUUCUCCCCUUACUUGUGAAGAUAGUCAAGAAAAAGUCAGACUUGCCUGUAAGGGAGCGGAUUUUUCUUCUGCUAGAUGCCACACAAACAUCCCUUGGUGGUGCUACCGGAAAGUUCCCCAAGUAUUAUGAGGCAUACUAUGAAUUGGUGAGUGCAGGAGUACAGUUUCCACAAAGGCCCCAUGCUGUCCAAUCAAGUAAUCCUACACCACAAGCAAAAAAGAAUGAUUUACCUAAUGGGGAACUAGCCUCCUCUAGGAAUGAAGAGGUUACUCGGCAAGCAGAACCACAGUUUGUUCCCGAGUCUAGUAUAAUUCAGAAGGCAAGUAAUGCUUUAGAGGUUUUAAAGGAAGUCCUCGAUGCUGUUGAUACUCAACAUCCUGAGGGAGCAAAGGACGAGUUUACACUUGAUCUGGUGGAACAGUGUUCAUUUCAAAAACAAAGAGUGAUGCAUCUUGUGAUGACUUCUCGGGAUGAGAAGGUGGUUUCUCAAGCAAUUGAAUUGAACGAGCAACUCCAGAAAGUUCUUGCAAGACAUGAUAACCUUCUUUCAGGUAGGCCUACAUCAACUGCAAAUCAUUUUAGCCUUGAUGAAACAGAGGAAGAGGAGGCCGAGCAGCUUUUCCGAAGAUUACGAAAAGGAAAAGCUUGUGUGAGACCUGAAGAUGAAGAGCACUCAGCAGAGCGCCCCCACUUGGGUUUGCUUGGAUCCUCCAUUCCGGCAGAAAGGCUGAACCGUCCACUUAUACGACCAGUGAGUUCGGAACCAUCGAGUGAACGGAAUAUCCAUCAUCCAUCUGUCGCAAUCUCACCCCCUCCAAGACAUGUUGAGGGGGAGUCUCCACCUGUUGCAAUGGUACCUCCAAAACACAUUGAAAAGGAUGUCCCACAAGUCGCGAUUCCGCCCCCACCUGCAAAACGCGUUGAGAGGGAGAGAUUCUUCCAAGAAAACAAGAUUGAUGGUGCUGGUUUGAGCGGCCAUAUGAGGGACCUCUCAAUACACAGUCGCGGCACAAGUAGCUCUCGCAGUGGAAGCACAGACUUCAGUGAUUGACUGCAGUUAAAAGGACCAUUUGAUGUUUCAGAGUCUGUAUUUUUAGUUCAUAAUUAUAAUAUGGUAGUGGUGUCCGAUUUGCCUGUGCGGGGUGGGUGCUGCGGAAAGAGGAAUGACAUGACUGCUUUAGUUUUAUGAUACAUUAAAGGGUUUUGCAUGAUCUCGUGCCUGACCUCGAGUUUGCUUCCUUACA